UGAGGAGGAGAGCAAAGCUGGCUUCAUAUCUCACACGCCAAACACGCAGACUCAGCUUGUGAUCUGAUUAUUUGCUGCCAAAGCGGAGGAAACGGGAGUUCCCAGAUUUUGACUCCUGAGCUUUCAGACACAGAGACCAGCAGGACUCCAGUUACUGACCUGACUCCUCCUCAGGCACCUCUACCCCACUCUCCAGGAUUUCAAUUUAUUCAACUCUACUCACUGCUGCACUGCAAACCCAAGAAUCGCAGCCUCCAGACUUUGCACAGCUCUGACAGCCUCAGAGUUGGUCCAAGGAUGUCGAUGAACUAUGAAGACCUCCAGUCCUUGGAGAGUGAGAAGAAAAGCCAGGGGUUAAGAAAGGGGCCAUGUCCUCCCCCAGCCUUCCUCAAGCGUCUCUACUCUGUACCCUGCCUCCUCCUGCUCUUCCUGGGCCUCAGCCUCUUCCUGCUGGUCGAUAUCUGCAUAAUUGGAUCCAAAAAUGCCAACAUGCGGAGGGACCUGGAGACCCUGAGAGCAACUUUCAGCAACUUCACUUCCAACACGAUGGCUGAGGUCCAGGCACUGCACUCCCAGGGUGGCAGUUUGCAAGCAACAAUAACAUCUCUGAAAGCUGUGGUGGAAAACCAGGAGCAGGAACUGCAAGCAGCCCGUAGCCUGAAUGACACGGUGUUUUCUCUGGAGAGCAAGCUGGAGAAAGAGCAGCAGGAACUCAAAGCAGGUUAUUCUGAAAUUCUCCUGGGAGUCCAGCAACUGGUCAAAGACCUGAACACCCUGCAUUGUCAGAUGGCUGCGCUCAAGAGCAAUGACUCUCAAAAUUCCUGCUGCCCCAUGGGCUGGCUGGAGUAUGAAGGCAGCUGCUACUGGUUUUCUCGCUCUGGAUUGACCUGGCCCGAGGCUGAGAAGUACUGCCAGCUGGAGAACGCUCACCUGGUUGUCAUCAACUCCAGGGAGGAGCAGAGAUUCAUUGCACAGCACUCGAGCCCCUUUCACACCUGGAUAGGACUCACUGAGCGCGAUGGCUCCUGGAAAUGGGUGGACGGCACAGACUAUGGGAACAGCUACAAGAACUGGGGUGUCGGUCAACCAAAUAACUGGAAGGGGCACAAGGACGAUGCAGAUGAAGACUGUGCCGAAAUCCGGGAGGAUGGGCUCUGGAACGACGAUUUCUGCCUGAAGUUGCAACACUGGGCAUGUGAGAUGACACGGAACAUCACCGGCUAGGAGCCCUGACCCCAGCAGAUCUCCACCUGCACCCCACCCCUACCCUGCUCCCAGCUUCUCUACUGGGGAUUUGGAAGAAAGGAAGAACAGGCAGAGGCAUUGGGAGGAGUUGAGGGAAGAUGGAACAAAAUGGCUUAAGAAUCUCAGACCCCGGGACACAGAUCCCGCCUCCUCCUGCUACUCACUGUGAGGAUUACCAUUUCCAGCCUC